AGACCCGCUUGUUUCCUGGAGCUGGAGCCAUGUCGGUGGUGUGUCCGUCACUUUGAGGAUGGAGUCGUCGUGUCUGGACCUGGCUCUGGAGGGCGAGCGGCUCUGUAAGACCGGGGACUAUCGGGCCGGCGUGUCUUUCUUCGAGUCGGCCAUCCAGGUGGGAACCGAGGACCUUCAGAUCCUCAGCGCCAUCUACAGCCAGCUGGGAAAUGCCUACUUUCACCUGCAGGACUAUAUCAAAGCCCUGGAGUACCAUCGGCACGACCUCACACUCACCAGAACGAUUGGAGAUGAACUCGGCGAGGCCAAAGCCAGCGGUAACCUUGGGAACACAUUAAAGCUUUUAGGACGUUAUGACGAAGCGGUGGUUUGUUGCCACAGACAUUUGGAAAUUACAAAAGCCAUAUAUGAUAAGGUUGGGCAGGCUCGGGCGCUGUAUAAUUUCGGGAACGUUUACCACGCCAAGGGAAAGAGCAUCUGCUGGACUGGAGCCGAGCCAGGAGAGUUCCCGGAGGAGGCCCGGAUCGCCUUGAGGAAAGCUGCACAGUACUACGAAGCGAACCUGUGCCUGGUGAAGAGUUUGGGCGAUCAGGCAGCUCAGGGUCGAACCUACGGGAACCUUGGAAAUACUUACUAUCUGCUGGGAGACUUUGGAAAUGCAGUGGCUGCACAUGAACAGCGGCUGCUCGUCGCUAAAGAGUUUGGGGAUAAGUCAGCUGAGAGGAGGGCCCACUGUAACCUUGGCAACGCCCACAUUUUCCUCAGUCAGUUUGAAGUGGCGGCCGGUCAUUACAAGAGGACGCUGCAGCUGGCCAGGCUUCUGAAGGACCGCGCCGUGGAGGCCCAGGCCUGCUACAGUCUGGGCAACACCUACACGCUGCUGCAGGACUAUGAGAGAGCUAUUGAUUACCACCUCAAGCAUCUGGUUAUCGCUCAGGACCUCAGUGACAGAGUUGGUGAAGGAAGAGCCUACUGGAGUCUAGGAAAUGCCCACACCGCCCUGGGGAAUCAUGAGCAAGCCAUGUACUUUGCUGAGAAACAUCUGGAAAUUGCCAAAGAGACGGGAGACAAAAGCGGCGAGGUCACAGCCAGGAUGAACCUGUCGGACCUGCGGCUAGUUGUCGGCCUGAAGUCCAACUCCAACAUCCAUCCCAACAUCUUCCGUAACACAAACACUAAUAACUCCCCUCUGCCAGUAAGCUACCAGGGUUACUCCAACCACCCAGGGAUCAAUUCUCCGUUGAGGAGGAGAGGAAGUGUUGAGAACAUGAAGAUGAGUCCAAGUCAAAGUCCACCUCCAGACUCCCCAGCAAAGCCAGGUUCGGAGGAGGAGAAGUUCCCCGGCUCUUCCAAAAACAACACCAUCAAAGCUUCCACUAAACUCUUCCUCUUCCAUCGGCUGAGAAGCAGAAAGCACAAGAGCAACAAAUCACCUCCUAAAGAGCAACAGGAAAACUCCAGCGAGCAAACCGCUGCAGAGGAAACGCCAGCGUCCAUCAAGGCCGGAUCGCGGGACACCAUUGGCGAGGACGGCUUCUUCGACCUCCUCUCUCGUUUCCAGGGCAGCCGAAUGGACGACCAAAGGUGCUCCCUCCUGGAUGGCCAGAGCCAUCUCCCCGCCCAUUCCUCCCCCUCCUCCACCCCACCUGUAGCUGAAAGGGAAUCUAUUUCGGCACGCGAUCCACCAUUGCAGGAUCCCGGUCAUUUCCUGGAGCUGCUGGCCAGCUCCCAGGCCCGUCGUCUGGACGACCAGCGAGUCAGCCUGAGCCAGUUUCCUGGCUUACGUCUCAGCACCUGCAGCCCGCCGCGUACACCCUCCACCUCCAGCGCAGAGCAGGACCCCACACAAGCCCCCUCCUCCAGCACAGAUACAACUCAGACUCCCUCCCUGUACAGUCGACUCGAGACGAGUGCUGAGCAGCCGGAGGGGGACGACGUCUUCUUCGACAUGCUAGUUAAGUGCCAGGGGUCCCGACUUGACGACCAGAGGUCCAUUGCUCCACCUUCUCCUCCACCUUCUGCUCCAUCUUCUUCAUCUAAAGGCCCAACAGUUCCAGACGAGGAUUUUUUCAGCCUCAUCCUGCGUUCCCAGUCCAACAGGAUGGAGGAGCAGCGAGUCCAGCCGCCACCGGGCGUUACCCAAUCCAAACUAGACUGACCCCACGCAGCGAUUUGUGAUGUUAUCUCAGGACCCCCGUAUGAAGUAACCAAGCUUUUUUUUAACCCUUGAUUCCUGCCUUUUGGAGCGGUCCUGACAACAUUCACAUGAGGAUGCCAAGAAUACAAGUGACAUUAUGCGGAAUUAAGGUGUCAAAUAAUACAGAACUGGUCAUUGUGACUGUGAAAUCAAGGGAAAUGUAGCGUUUCAAGCUUUCUUUAAGAAACAACAGAGCUUUUAUCAGACACUUGGGGACCAGUGAUGUCCGUCUGCUCUGGAGGCUUGCAUCAAGUCGCUCCUACAAACUGUGGGUCGUUCAUUUGCUUUAAGGAUAUAAGCCAAACUGAAGGAAUUUCUGCUUGACGUUGGACGAGAGACAUUCUAUGGAUGGAGGGAUCCGUCCCAGAGACUCUGCAGUGAAGCAAAGUGGAACCACUUGGUCUUAAUUGACCUCUGACCUCUCCAACAACUCGUCAGAGGGUCAAGUGACAGAACUUCAGGGAAAUAAAAGGUUCACGUCCGUCCUUACUGCUCCACUCAUGACCAGCGGAGCCAUUUAUAGGAGCUACUUCUGGAUAUUGCAUUUAAAGACUUUAACAAGGACAAUUUCAUUGUUUAAGGUUGUAUGAGUGGAGCAUCAUUGCCAUGAAGUGAAAUGGGAUUUUUCUUCUAUGUAACAAGAUUUUACAGAUGAUUAACUAGUGUGAGUUAAAGAAAUGUUAUUUUAGUCUUUAUACUGAUACGUUCUCCUGAUAAUUGAGAAAUAAAAUCUCAUGAAUUUACAUUCGA